AACAUUCACCCUCUCAAGGUGGCAUGUCUCAACUGUUUCACACGAAGAUCUGUUUCAAGACAGCCUGGAUGCUUGAAUCGUGCAGAGAUCUUCAGAGGGCAAGACACUAUCUUCAUUAGGAUCAAACGCGAAACAAAAAUACUAAUCCAAUGAAUCUACUUGUGAACUUUAUUGCUUUCUACUUGCUCAGUCCAGCCAGAUGAACACACACAUAACAGCCCACAAAGCCAAGAUAAGGCAUCAGUGCUUCUUCCUUAUCCUGUGCUUUCAUUUGGUCUGUGCUGGUGUGCCAGGUCCAUGUAAGCACUCGGUCACACGGGACCAUCUCCUGAAUAUAAAACGUCUGAUUAAGAAUCAGCUGCAAAAUGGUUGUUCUCUAACCUACGCCUUCACUGAGCGCCAGAACUUGAGUGUUGUGUGUUAUGUUAAAGCAGCAUUUCCUCACAUACUGGAGCUACUCAACACCCAAUUCAGAUAUGCUAAGGACUCCGACAAUUAUCGUUAUACUAAUUCACUGAAGAACAUGAUCUACAACAUUUACUCCCAGAGAUGCAUCCCUCCAAUCAAUGAGGAGAUGGAGGAUAGCCCAACGAAGUUCAUAAGAAUGCACAUGACUUUGCCGAGGGCAGCUUUGGAGAAAGCUGAGGAAGUGAUUCACAUGUAUAUGGGUCUAAUGACUCAGAGCGACAAACCUGUGGACUGGAACUGUGAAGAAGAGUUCACAGAGGAUUACCCAGAAUCCUCCACUGAACCUCUCAGCCAAACAGCAGGUACCUCUGAAUGCCCCUGCAUUUGUCCAACAGUGAGCAGUGGAUCAUCUAGGACAUCUACAUUCACAAGCCAUUGGAAUAUUUACUUAAAAUCUACUCAGUCCCCACAAAGAUCAACUUUUCCACCUGUGGUAACCUUGCAGGGUGUUAAUGAGAAAGCUAAACAAGUCAAGUUUGCUGUCCCAGUAACCCAACACCAAACACUAUCUCCAGGGACACCUACCACAUGGAGGUCAAUGCAAGGAGAUUUAUACAACUUCCUCUUUAGUAGCACUCCAGCUUUACAUGAAGAAACUUCAAAUUCAGAGAUGGAGAAUAUGCCAUCAUCUGAUCUGUUCCCUUCAUUUACAAAUUAUAAGGAUGUAUUUCCAAGCAGAACUGACUCAACUGUUCAGUCGACCGCGUCUGGCCCCUAUCAAAAAAGCACAAGAGAUAACGCACAGGACGGUGUGGAGAGGAGCACGCCGCUUUUACUUGCAAAGAGGUCUUUAGAUUCCAAAAGCCAGGAAGGACCAUUCAGUUCCUAUGUGAAAUUAUCCCAGAACUGGAUUACUGCAACAUCUCAGCCAACAUAUAAAGAUAUGAAGAGCAGAGAGAAAAAAGGCCAAUCUUUCCAGAUGCUUCAAAUAAGUAAACACAUUGUACCAGUCACAACCACAGUUCUGUCUUCUUUGAAAGCAGCUGCACAUUCAUCAGAAGGCCUGAGCAUCCUUGUUGAACAGCCAGGUCAUCUAAACAGCCCUCCUGAAAAUUUCCAAACUCCCACCCAAAGUCCGGUGAGGGUGCCAAGGAAUUUCAUGGGAACCAUCCAUGAGACAAAGCUCAGCAAGGACAGCAGAUCCCAGGAGGACAGGCAGGGAAUGACGGACCAGACUCAUCCAGACAGAGAAACACAGAGGAACUCUACCAUAGAACAAUCCAGCAUUUUAACCAUCUCUUUUGGCACCCUGCUCAUAAUUACACUAGGGUGCGGUGGACUUCUGCUCAUAAUUCUCUUAUUUUAUAGACAGCAAAAAGUAAGUGACCGACAAUGCAUUUUGGCCCUGCUGAAAAGACCUACUUAGACCGGCAUCCUGGUCCGUGCUGGAGUGGUGUUGGUCUAGCCUAAGAAGCCUGCUGAGACCAGUAGCCAAAACAUAUGCUGGUGAUUAUCUCUGGUGAUCUUUUCAGCAGGGUGUCACAAGUGAUCUCAGUCAAACAGAAAAAUCAACAUUCUUUAAAGUUUCCAACUUGAUGGAAAGACACAUAAAAAGAACCAAGAAACCAAGAUGUGGAGUUAAUUAUUUAUUCAAUACAAACUAUAAAUGGAGAGACAAAAUAUCAGCAGGUUGCUUUUUCUCAUUCAGUAGUGAUAUUAUAAUACAUUUUAAAGGGCAUGUUAAGUGCUCAAAGGUGUCUACAACCAGGAUAUAGUACUAAAAGAAGAAAAUUAAUGAUCUGACAGGUGGUCCUUUGACAUGAUAUAGCCUAUGAAACAUGAAAAUAUUUUAAGUAUUAUUGCACAAAAUAAACUUGAUGCAUUAAUCAUGUUCUCUUUGCACAUUUUGCCCUGGCAAACUGACCAUGACAUCUUGAAUGGAAAAUAUCAAUAAUUCUUAAAAAAAGAAAAGAGUUCAUUUUCUUUUAUGUCAGUUCAAGAUUUAAAUUGUCUUGAUAUUC